AAGGCAAUCAACCUAGCUAUCUUUUUCUUCUCAUCAAACACACACAGCGCAACCCAAUCGAAGAAGAACAAGAAUAAGACUGCGGAGAGAAACCCUCAAAAUGCAUUCAUUCGGCUACAGAGUCAACGCGUUGCUCACCUUUGCCGUUACGAUUCUCGCCCUCAUGUGCGCCAUGGCCUCCCUCUCCGACAACUUCAACUCCCCCACUCCCUCCGCGCAAGUCCAGGUCUUGAACAUCAAUUGGUUUCAGAAACAGCCCAACGGCAAUGACGAGGUCAGCAUGACACUGAAUAUAUCAGCAGAUUUGCAGUCCCUUUUCACAUGGAACACAAAACAGGUUUUUGUUUUUCUAGCUGCCGAGUAUGAAACUCCAAAGAAUUCCUUGAAUCAGAUAUCCCUAUGGGAUGGUAUCAUUCCCUCUAAAGAGCAUGCCAAGUUUUGGAUUCAUACAUCGAAUAAGUACCGCUUCAUUGACCAGGGGAGCAAUUUGCGUGGCAAAGAAUAUAACCUGACUAUGCAUUGGCAUGUUAUGCCAAAGACUGGCAAAAUGUUUGCAGAUAAAAUAGUCAUGCCAGGUUACCGAUUGCCACAAGAAUAUAGAUGAUGUCUUCUUGUCAAGUUAAUUUUUUUUCCUGUAACUCUAACCUUUUCUAUAGCGGAUAUAGAAUGUUGGUUCAAAGAACUAGAAUCAGGAAGGGAUUUUGUGUUUUGGAAAGUGAAAUCAAUAGUGUCUGAAUGAAUAUUUGAGCAUCCGAAGUUUGCUUGUGUUCUUCAAUUGUCUCUUGCAUUGUUCUGAACUUUUUUAGUUCCUCCAGAAAAAACAUAUUAUGCUAUAAUGAACCCUCUAGCUGUUGAAAGUUGAAACUACUUGAGCAGUGUUCACCUUGAAAAAAAAAAAUCAACCUAGCUAUUUCAAUGCUCGAUGAAUCCAUCGGACUGAAUUUGCCAUGUUUCUUGAUAUUCUAAUUAUCGCAAAUGAUGUAAUUCAAAGUUGAAAAUUUUUCUAAAGUAAAGUGCUUCGGACUUGCCAACUCUUUGGC